CGUGCACAUGACAUAUUGCGUAGCACGUGAGUCACACCGCUCGCGAUCGUUCUCGAUCGAUUGUCGCAAGUCGCAAGUCAAAUUCGCGCAGUUUCGCAUGCGCCAUCUGACUGUGUCAACCUGUUUUGAUCAUCGGGUUCGGAGAAACAAUCGCAUCGCUAUUGCGUCAUAGUUGUCAAUAAAUCGCAGGCACAAGGAUAUCAAAGAAUCAAGAUGUUAUUGGCAGCGAGGAUCUGCCGAGCUGGUGUCUCGCCAGGCUUGACGUCGUUCGUCAGGACUCCGGUCGUCCCGACGAAGCCGCAGUUCUCCAAGGGUCAAAUCACGAGACUAUUUGUUAGCGAUGGACGCAGCUCUUAUACGAGGACCGCGAGGAGAAGAGCUACCAUAACAGAACAAGCGGCAGAACCGGCUGGUGAAACCGCAUUUAAUAUUGGAAAAGGAGCAAUUGCCGGAGGAGCAGUGAUAGGAUUAGGGUCUCUUUGUUAUUAUGGAUUGGGUCUUUCGUCACAAGCAGGUGCCAUAGAUCACGCAAGCUUAUGGCCGCAAUACGUCAAAGACAGAGUGAAAUCUACUUACAUGUAUUUCGGUGCGUCCAUCGCGGCCAGCGCGGCAUCCGCGGCUAUGUGCCUACGUUCUCCUGCCAUGAUGAACAUGGUGAUGCGUCAGGGAUGGAUCGCUCUAGGUGUAACAUUGGCCGCAAUGAUCGGCAGCGGCAUGGUUGUACAGGGACUUCCGUAUAAGGAAGGAUUCGGUGCCAAGCAAAUAGCUUGGUUGGUACAUACCGGCAUUGUAGGCGCCGUUUUGGCACCUUUAUCUCUCCUGGGUGGACCGUUGGUCCUCCGGGCGGCUUGGUACACCGCCGGUGUCGUCGGUGGUCUAUCAGCGGUUGCCAUAUGUGCGCCUAGCGAUAAGUUCCUGGCGAUGGGCGGUCCGCUCGCUAUCGGUUUAGGUGUGGUAUUUGCCAGUUCGCUGGGUUCCAUGUUUCUUCCACCUACGACUGUCCUCGGCUCAGGAUUGCACUCCAUAGCACUGUACGGCGGUCUCCUGCUCUUUUCCGGAUUCCUACUUUACGACACGCAAAGGAUCAUCAAGCAGGCGGAGACGUAUAACCAUCAAGGCAGGCCGUACGAUCCGAUUAAUAAACGAGGAAUCGAUAUGCGGCUCAGGGAAUCUAUCUCGAUCUCGGUGCCGUUGCAUCCCGGAGGACUGAACAAUAACCAGCUUCGCAGGCACGAGUCGAUCGGUGCCGGCGAGAUCGGCGGCGAUCGCAACGAGAACGCGACCCGGGAGCCGGUCGCGCCGAACUACCCGGUCGACGAGUCGGCGGACUUUCGGCUGGCCGAAGACACCACCACGUGGUCCUCCCUGGCAAUCGCGCGCGACAACGUCCAGCAAAGUAAUCCACAGUCCACCAACGUCAACAAUAAUCUUACCGCGUCAAGAAUACAGAGAAACAGCUCCGUCGAAAGCCUCGCCGACUACGAGGGCACGAUCGAAGAGCAAUCCGCCAAUGUAAACAACAAUCUGACCGAGUCGAGGAUACGAAGGAGCAGCUCCGUCGAGAGCCUCACCGAUUACGAAGGACGUAACUCUUCGCACGAGAACUCGUCGCGCGAACUGACGCCUUCCGAGUGGUCCGACUGGUCCGAGGAAGGGAAUCUGCCUGCGGGCUGCCGCGGCAUCGUCAACCCCAACUACCCCGGUUUCCAGCAUCUGGCGCCUUCUUUGCUAUCGGAUACCGACCUGACCGAGGACGAGCACGACAGCUGCUCCGACUAUCCGCCCCUCUACAGUGUCCAUCACCGCGAAGUAGCCCAGGAGAACGGCAACGAGUACAACAACAACGUCGACGACAGCAUUAAUCACCUCUGCGGCCAGCGCAACGACCGCAAGAUCUUUUACGAGAAGCCCAAGUUUAAUAUACAGACUGUGACCUCUCUGUACGAGUCGGUGGUGCCGCCUUCGGAAAAGUGCAUCAACUACGUGAAGAGCGUGGAGGUCUCUAGGUCCGAGAAGAAGGCACAAUCGCCAGAACCGGAGGAGGUCGUCGUGAACGGCAUCGUCGAGGCGGAGACCCACCUGACGCUCCUGGACGAACGGGAGGAGGGUCUGGCCGACCAGGUAAGCGAGCGCACGCCCGAACUAUCGCGGGCGAUCCUCGAGAACAACCGUGAAAGGGAGAUACCCGUCCAGGUCGAACUGGUGGAACUGACGACCAGCGUGAACGAGAGUCUGCAGUUUCCCGAAAUCGAGGAAAUCCUGGAUUCCGGAAAGACCAGCGAGAUCAGCGAGACAGAGGACGUCGCGGUGGAGCACAUCGACCUGAUACGCGAGGCAAAGGAGUUGCCUCACUUAGACCCGUCCAAAAUAGGCAAUCGUCAGCCGGUGACGACGACGUCGGCGGGCGGCUCGGCCGACGACGACGAGUCGGAGAGCAACAGCGACUACUCUGAGGGCUUCGCCGAGGAGCGACCGACCUAUACAAAGCUGGAGGAAAUCGAUCUGUUGUCGAGCAUCGGUCGUGACAUCGGCGUCGACUUCGAGAAGUACGCCCAGCCGGUGCCGGACGUAGUCGCGAUGGAGUCGAUCGAGAGCAUCCGUGGCGGUCAGUCGCGAUCCACCUCGGUCAUCAAGGAUCAUAUAGAGGAUACCAACAAGCUACUAGAUCGCGAGCUUCCGGAGGCGUCUAGCGCGGACGCCCGGAAGAAGGAGAAGAUGGUCAAGAAUCAGGCCAAGCGCCGUCAACAACAGCAACAGCAGCAACAAUCGCGAAAUUCUAAUUCUCAGAGACGUAUCGAUAAACGCAGGGCCGACAUCGAUAACGGAUCAGGCGGCUUCGACGUUUACAACAUCGAGACGGCAAUGCCAAAGAUCGAUCUCGACGCGAUCGAGUCGCAUCUCAGAGCUGCUCGCGAGGAGGAACGUCGGGAUGAUGAUAAAAAAAUUAUCGCGGAAACGGAUAAACCUCCAGAAUCGAUUGUAGCAGUCGAACAAUCGGAAGAAACGAAGGAGAGCGAAAGAGAAGAUCUGAUUGCACGGUUUGACAGGGUUGUACGUGGCGAAUCUGAUGGGAAUCUGCAGCGACGAAACGAUCGUGAGGAAAUCAGAAGGAGACUCGCGAUGGGACCUGACGCCGAAGAUUUGCGCGCCGAACGUGGACGAAAGCCAAGUCUUCAAUCGCGUCUCCAGAGUGGAAUGAACCUCCAGAUCUGCUUCAUGAACGAGACAUCGUCGGACACAGAGUCCCCGGGCUCGGAAAACGACGCAUCUCCCGGAUCCACACCCACGUCUCUCGGUUCGAAGCAGCUCGGCGGGAAGCAAUAUGCGCCGAUGAGGCCGCAGGUGUUGAGUCUUCCUUCUCUGAGACUCGACGCGGGCGCGAAUUCCACGCCGCCGGUCGACGAGGCGGACUUUUUCGCGCGGCAAGCUAGACUACAGACCGAAGCGCGAAUGGCUCUGGCACAGGCAAAGGAGAUGGCACACAUGCAAAUGGAAGUGGAAAGGCAGAGGCUGAAGCAGAGCCCCAUCACCGAGAUGGUGCGAUGCAGUUUGGAAAAAGUCGGUGUUCAAUUGGGAGAAGACAGACGCAGGUUGUCCCGAGUUCUUCUCACGGAAUUAAAUGUCGCGCAACUGCAAGUAGUGGCGAAUGAUUUACACGCAAGAAUUGCUGCCUUGAAUGAAGCGCUCGUUGAAGGUCUUUUGAGGAGAGACGAUUUGCACAUGGAACAAGAUUCGAUGCUCGUUGACGUGGAGGAUCUCACUCGAUACUUAGGUGCCAAGCAAGAAUCAUUGAAGAAGAAGCAGCAAAGUAUGCAGCAGACGGCAAAUCGAAAUCAUCAGCAGUCCUCUUCAACUCCAACGAAAUUGUUCAUGAAACCAAAGUUAACGCAUUUGAAUCGCGGUCUGGUUGCCCUUGUAAGAAAAUAAUCUUUCGCUACGAGACUACGCAGUCUCGUCGGAAAUGAAACUCCGAACGGAGCGAAACACCACGAACAACUUUAGAGACGCGAAGAAACAAAAAGAGAAAAAGAAGAAGAAAUGAGAAAAAUCUUCUUUAAAAAAAAGAGACAAAAGAACCGAAGAUGAAAGGAAGAAUACAAACUGAAACUUUCUUCGCGGCAGAUGAGAAAAAAGAAUCUCCAUUGAAAAAGGAAAUGUGUGAAAGCUUCUUCGAGAAAAUAAAAAAAAAAAAUUUUUUUUCAAAAAGUGGAUAUUAAAGGAAACCCUUCUUUGAAGAAAAGAUUCUCAAGAUUAGAAGAAUAAUUGCGUUAGAGAUCGUGGUGCAUAUGCUCGAGAACUCUGAAAGACGUUGUAACGAUCAACUUUGAUAACAGUGGAAUCGUUCUCAUGAUAAAAGGAAAGUAGCACAUAUCUCUUUCCUGUGAAUUUCCAAGAAUUUUUACAGCUUCGUCAUUAACCACGUGGAAGUGGAGAUUUGCGUAUGUGCGUAUCGCGCGUAAGCGAACAGAGCAACGAUCCUUCGUUUGUAUCCAAGAGAUUCUCCGUUUCUAUCUCCUGCUCGUCUGUAUUCGCUCGGCCCCUUAGCUCACAAUAUGUCCCGCGACAUGCAUGUGUCUACGAGUGUAUUCGAUUAUUCGCCUUUAUAAAUAAUAGCGUAUCAUUAGCGAAAGCGGAUCCUUUCUCUGUUGUACAUAUAACGAAGAUUUAUAUCAUAUUAUUGCAGAGUAUCGAGAUUCCAUAUAAGGUUUAAAGAGCGCUUCGUUCCGGUCGUCCAUUAUAAGUCGUUCAUGCGUGCGUUGAUGUGAUGUUAAUAUUUUGUAAAAUCGUAUCAAUUUAAUAUUGCAUAUGGAACAACAACUUUGAAUCCAUUCCUAGAUUCCGAUAAUUCCACAAUUAUUCGGAUGUGUAUAUUCUUGCUUCAGUAGAUCUCUAGAUCCGCUAAUAGAAACUAUCAGUUAUUGAUUUCAUAAAUUCUUCACGUAUAAAUUCGUCGUUCCAUCUGACUCGGAUAUACAAGAUAUUAGUGAGACGGUAAACCAGUUUUUAUCUAUCACGAGCGACAAAGAAAGUCAAUGUACUUUCUUGAAUAACGCAACGCGUCUGUAAGGGAAAGUGGGAAGUAGAUAUAGGUAGGUAGGUAGGUAGGUAAACCUCCGGUGGAGACGUAAAGUGCAAUGACCGUCGAGAAUGAAAAACGCGUUACAUAUCCAAAUAAAUGAUCUAGUAUGAAAAGAAAAAAAAAAA